AUGUCAACUAAAUCACCGUCCCCCUUCCUGCAUUUACCACCUGAAAUACGGAUUGAAGUCUACCGGCGCUUGUUUGGCAUCGCCCCUCAUACUCGACUGCGUGUCGGCGAGGCAUGCCUGGACAGCGACUUGCCGCACUGUACCGAGACCUCGAUACGUGUGUCAACGGCUUUUGAGGUCUACGUGCACACACCCUCGACUUCGAAUGCGAGCGACUACGCAGAAAUGGAUAUUCAAUACUGCUCGGCAAAAGAGCAAUUCAGACGACAUAUAUACCGCGAACACCGCCCUCUAUUCCUCGCCAUUCUCGCGACUUGCAAGACGAUAUACGAGGAAAUGAUGCCGUUUUUUUACUCGUCGGCAUUUUUCGCCAUCUCAGGAAAUAUUGCAAAGGCUACCAACUGGUUAUAUAACAUCGCUCCCCGACGAAGCAGGCAUAUCCGGAGACUCAGCUUUCAUUUCAGCAGCAAUGCUUUGUCGGAAUGUUUCUCGAACCAGGGCAACAUGCAAAUCCUCGCUAAGGAACUGACAUAUAUGGAUCGGCUUGAUGUUGUGGAAUUGCUGGUUACAGAUACACGGCUGGAGGAACAGCUGUUGAGUUUUGGUGCGCUAGUGAAGCAUGGUGUCCCACGAUUUGCUGUGUCUCGAAGGCCGUGCGAGCCAUUGGUACUAUUUGGUAUCGAGCAAUUGGAGGCAGUGCCGAGGUUGGGGUGUGUCCGGAUUGUGGGCCGUCUUGAUAGGUUUUUGGUAUACAGGGAGGAUAAGGAGUAUUUGAGGGCCAUUGCAGAAGGGAGGAAGCCGGCUGGCCUUGGAAAGGAAGAUUGUCAUCGACCAGUGGUGGAGCUUGUACAGUUAUAA